AUGCCGAUGAUGUCCACGGCUGUGUUCGUUUGCCUUGCCGUCGCUGGCAACGCUGUGGCGAGGGAUUUUGGAUUCGGGGACGAGCUCGGGGAAGCGGUCGAGAUCGACCAGAACCAGCUGUUGGGUGACCUGGAGAGCCUGGAAGGCAAGCCCAGCACGAGACAGAACUCGGCGCAGAUUCGCCGGAGGAAAGCGGAGAAUCUGACAUCGACCUUGGACGAGAUGAUUCCAGUGUUGGAGGCAGACUUCAAGUCUAAGACCCAGCACCUCAAGGUGGCGCUGGCCUACUUCAAGGAGAAGCAGCACGACAUGGAGGUGGCGAGGAGGGCGGCGACCGAUGCCAUGAAGGCCCUCCGCCAGGAGGCCGACAGGCGCCGCAAGACCGCGACCGAACGCAAGGCGGCCAAGGACAGGGAGCGCCUUGCGGUCCUGGAGGCGAAGCGGGCCGCCAAGGAGGCGAUGGUCAAGAAGGCACAGGCCCUCAUGGGCGCGAAGGGUCACGAGGAGACAGAAGGCUACCUGGGUCCCGUCUCGUUGGGGAUCAUGGUCGACGUGCUCAUGUCCUUGCCCAACGCGGUGGAAAAUCCGAUCUUCAUGAAACGCCUGGGGAAGGCGAAGGAUCAGAUCACGGGGUCCAUCCAGGAUUUCCUCAACAUCACUCGGCGCAAGACGGCAAAGUUCGUGCUGGCGAGCAGCAAGGCGUCGGAUGUGGAGCUCUCGUUCCUUAUGGCGCGCUUCUUCCACGAGGCAUCCUUCCGUGUCAAGGCAAUGCAGUCAGAUGGGGAGAAGGUUGCCAGGGACCUCAACGUCGUGAUGCCGAGGGAACUGCGGCAGAACUUCCUUCCCAUCGUAAGGCAGCUGCGGUCGCAGGCAGUCCCGCUGCGCGUGAACGCGAGCUCUCUGGCGAGCGCGACGUUGGCUGACGCUUGCUCGCAGAUAUCUGACCUCAUGGCCAACAUCAGUAAUUACAAUGCCAAACUCAACACGCUGCAUUCCGCUCUGCACAACGUCUGGCAGAUGUCUGAGUUGAUGCUGCCCCACAUGAGCAGGAUCUACCCCAUGAAAACCGCGGUCAUCGAUACUGUCAAGGACUUCAUGUCCUUGGCAACUACUCAGACUGCUGGUCUUCAGGAGGCUGCCGACGAGAUCGUUACGAACGUUGGCCCUGUCGUGUCCGAGCGCAUGCAGUGCACGUGGAGCGCUGCAAGCUCGCCCUACAAGAUUCGCUUCAUCACUUUUCUGGCCGCGUUUGCCGGUUAUUUCUUCCUUUAG